UCUUAAUCUUAAUAUAAAAAACGCACCACUCAUCGGUGACAAAACCACUCGUAACGGUAGCGCUUCUCUCUGCUCGCCGAGUUUACCUCAACAACAAUAAUUCUUCCUUCAACUCAAUCGAGAUUUUCGCUUCCUUCAUUUCACAAUCAACGCUGGAUCGAUAAUCUCUGAUUAGGCUUUUUCCGUUCUUGUAAUUUUCCCCAAUUUGGUUUGAAUUUUUAGUUCCGAUUCAUGCGCUUUUGGAUACAAAUUCAUUGUUAUAUAGCUUGAUUCGCGCUUCAUUCAAUUUAAUCGGAUUUUUCUUCAUUGCAACAAUCAAUCAUCAUUACUCAGGGUUGGAGUAACGAAAGGAUUAUUUCUUCUCAUGAGAGUGGUAGAGUUAUUUUCUUGUUGGAUACUGAUCAAUCUAACAAGGUUGAAGAAGUUGUGAAGAAGAUGGAAAUUGAGUUUGGAAGUGGAUGGAUAGCUCAUCAGCACUGUAAGGACGGCUCCAGAUUGAUAUCAAUUCAUCCCUAUAUUUCUGUGAGAACUAUUGGAUGUACAUGUCCAGUACUUGGUGUUGAUUGGCGCAAUAAUGUGUCAUUUGCCACAUGCUCCACUGACACCUUGAUACAUGUCUGCAAGAUUGGAGAAGACGAACCGAUAAAAACUUUUGCUGGGCACCAGAGUGAAGUAAAUCAUAUCAAAUGGGAUCCCACAGGUUCACUACUGGCCUCAUGUUCAGACGAUUGAAUCUAAAAGUUGUUAUUUUUCCUUCUCUUAACUGCUAUAAAAAUAGAGGCAGAGUAAGCAUGCUUCUUAAGAACUUUGGUGUUUUCAGUUUUGUGUUGCAAGUCUUAAUUGAUAAUUGAGAAGCCAUGUGUAGUAAUAUUGUUCAUGAAUUUAUCCUCUAUGACAAUUAAACCUUUCUUGCAAUGUGAAGGUUGAAGAAUAUGAAUACUGGAAGCUCAAGUCUCUUUAUAUCAGCCUUUGGAGGUUAAGAACUUGGAUGGUUCUUUGUAUAAUCCUACUAAUUUUUUCAAGUAUGCCUUUGACUUUUAUAUUAUUCUUUACUUUCAACAUGCAUAUCAGCUAAUGAAAAUUAAUGAAGGGAAGCUAAUAUGUUGGGGUUCGAUAAUGGAUUAAGAGCCUUAAAAGAUGGAGGUUUCUAGGAAUAAAUUGAGACAAAGCUCAAGGAACCAGCAUUGUAAAAAGUUCAAUUUGUAUGGUUUGAGUUGAAUGUGUAAGGUUGUGGGAGCAUUCCUUGUAUAGUUGUUGUAAGAGUUCAAGUUUUAUUAUCCUUCAAGUCUUCAACUAUUGUAUGUUCACUAUUUAGAUUUGUGAGAUACUUUUGUUUUGAGAAUUUGGAUGUAAAUGUUUCAAGAACGUAGUAUAUGUACUAAAACCACUUAUGGUGUAUAUGAAUCAAAUUUUUGUAUUUUGUUGA